GCGAGGGCGAAUUUGAAUAGAAGUUCGACAGUUGACCCACUUAACUCCGACGUGGGAUUAUUGAGAAGAUUUAGUGAUGUCCUAUGUCAAUAAAAUACAAAAAUAAAUGUGACAAUUUUGUAUAAGCGAUAGUGGUGAAGUGCUGUAUUUUGGAACCGAUGAUUUUUCAAUGGCUAUGAAUACGUAAUAGAGGACAAUGAUGAACCAUAGUGCUGUUAAAACCAGCGUCAUGCUCUUGGAUUAUAUGUAUGAUGAACAUGAGAUUACCAAUAUUUCAUCUUCGGAUUGGCUGUUCAACAAAUCCUUCGAAGGGCUAGAUUACGGACCGUUAACGGAGGGGAGCGCUGCAAAAGGAAGUAAUUCUGACCUCCCAGCUUGGAUUCAAGCAGCUUGGUUCACUGUUUUCGCUACCAUGAUUUUCAUUGCUACCGGUGGAAAUUGUAUAGUGAUCUGGAUUGUGACAGGCACUUUUGUGAAGCUGGAUAAACAAUUCAUCUCAAGUUUCGAAACGAGUCCUUCAACUGGAAGAUUAUUGCUCGAUUUUAUCGAGGCCAUGCCUCAACCUGUAAACCUGGUCCUACCUCAAGAAACAAGGUCGUCUUUGAAAGCCCUAUGCUGGAGCCUUUGUGGCUUGCUCGUUGCUGAUGGAGGCCUUUUGCUGAGGCUAUGGAACCAUCACAUCGAAGAAUGAGGAGUGUGACAAAUUAUUUUCUAGUAAAUCUGAGCGUAGCAGACUUACUUCUGACGCUAUUCAACUGCAUUUUUAACUCAAUUUACAUGAUUCAAAGGUAUUGCCUAUUCUUUCGAUUCCAUUCGGUUUAAACGGUGA